CCGACCACCAUCGCAGCUGUCCUCCUCCGCCUCUCCUUCCACCACUGCAUGGUUGAGGGAUGCGACGCCUCCACCCUCAUUGCACCAUCGCCUUUCCACAAGACAGAACGUGACCCCAACCUCAACCUCAACAUCCCGACUCCCGAGCGAUGCAUAUGAGACGGCCGUUCGUGCCAAGACCGCCCACGAGCUCGAAUGCCCCGACAUUGUCGACAUCCUCACUGCCGCAGCCUGCAACCUCAUCAGCAUGGUCGGUGGCCCUGUUUAUUGUGUCCGUCUUGGCCGGAAAGACAGGCUGUUUUCCGACGCUUCCUGUGUGAACCCCAACCUCCAGAAGCCGACCAUGCCCAUCUCUCAGGUCAUUGCCUUAGUUGUCUCCAGAGGGAACACGGUCUAAGAAAUGGUGACUGCUGAUCGGAGCCCAUACGAUACAGAGUUCAGCUACCGGCUUUACAACUUCAGCAGGACUUCCCCAACUGAUCUGGCGCUUAACCCCAAGUACGCGGAGGGGCUGAAGAAACUGUGUCAAAACUACACCAAGGACCCGACAAUGAGCGCCUUCAACGAUGUGAUGACCCCUGGGAAGUUCGACAACAUGUACUAUCAGAACCUGGACAAGGGGCUAUGGCUGCUUGCUUCGGAUCAAGCCCUGGCUGCAGAUCGGAGAACGAAACCUUUCGUGGAGCUUUAUGCAAAGAACAAAAAGGCUUUCUUCCAAGCGUUUGCUCAAGUGAUGGAGAAGCUCAGCACCUACAAGAUCAAGACAGGAAAAGAUGGCGAGGUGAGGGACAGGUGUGAUUAGAUCAAUACUGUGAACAUGUAAAGGCAAAUUCAUUAUGAAUGAAUGAAUGCCUACCCGCCCAAUGCGUCGAAGAACAUUGUUGCAUGUUACCUGCAGAACCAUCAUGAAAUAUCCUGCAAAAAUUGGAAACACAGAAGACAUACCUAGAACUAUCUCAUGAGAAAAACUAAUGCCCCUGAGCAGUCACUCCUUUCAGUUCACUAACUUCCCUCCGACUCCUAGAACAGGCAUUGGACUAAUGAAUAAUCACAAUUGUC